UUCUGCUGUAUCGUUCCAGCUAAAAUUAAAGAAUGCUCAGUGACAGAAUUUAAUAGUCGUAAUAAAAUAUCUAAUUGCCAUGAUUUACUUGCUAAUCCAUCUUUGCGUAUCUUUACCUGGAUUGUUUCCAUUUUAGCAGUCAUUGGUAAUGCUUUGGUUAUUCUUUUAUAUCGCCGCGACAGUAAAGCUGGCCAUCCUGUACCCAAAUUAGUGGUUAGCCAUCUUGCUUUCGCUGAUUUCCUUAUGGGACUUUAUCUUUUAAUUAUAGCUAUUGCUGAUAUGUUAACUCGCCAUGACUAUGGCAUUUAUUCCGUUUACUGGAAUAAGCAUCCUAUGUGUUUAUUAGCUAGCUUCCUAAUGUCAUUAUCCAGCUUUAUGUCUGUCUUUAUGAUGUUAUUGAUUGGUAUUGAUCGCUACAUUUGCAUCGUCUAUCCAUUUUCUAAUAAACGUUUAGAUAUGGCAACCACUAAGAAAACGCUAGGUUUAGCAUGGGUCAUUAGUAUCGGUUAUAUCGCAGGUCCGAUUGUAUAUAGUAUAAAUAAACCUUAUACUCAAACUGUUUAUGGUGAUAGUCCAGUUUGUGUGCCUAUCAAUUUAUCUCAUAAAUUCUUUUACCUGUGGCUAUCGAGUUAUAUAUUUUUAACAUUCCUCAUGUGGAUCAUUGUGACUAUUCUCUAUAUACGCUUAUUCAUAAAAGUAAAACAAUCUGGCCGAUCAAUACGUCGAAAUCAGAAAACAAAUCAAGAGCAUCGUAUGGCUAUUCGACUUUUUUUAAUCUGCAUCACGGAUAUUGUAUGUUGGCUACCAUUUUACUUUGUGUUUUGGCUUUCUGUCAUUCAGAUUAGACGAGGAGAAGCCCAUUCUUACUUAAAUAGCGGCUUUAGCGUUAUCUUACGAUUUACCAUCUUACCUUAUGUUGUUGUCUUUGCAUUACCAAUCAACUCCGCUAUCAAUCCAUUCCUCUAUACUUUUACUAGUAGUAAUUUCACAGAUCGAUUACCCGGUUGGUGCAAAAUGGAUAGAAGUAAAUGGCCACUCUUUGGAUCAUUAUCCAGUUUAAAUCAAUCAUCUAAAUCUAAUAGUAGUUUAACAAUUUCAUCGCCGUCUGAAAGAAUUCAAAGUUCUGCUUCAAUAGAUUCCAAGUCAUAG